AGCUGCUGCCACUGCUCAGCGCGGUGAGGAGGGAGCCGGUGACUCGGAGACGGUGACUCAGAGGCAGAGCGGCGCGAGGGCCAAGGAGUACUGGCGUCCAUGGACCCUGGGAGCCUCCCCCUCUACCCACAAGCAGUGAGGGGCCAGGAUCCCCACAGGGCCAGGAGAAGGGCCCAGAGAUACCUGAACACCGGAAGAGUUUGAGAACUUUCAAUGGCUGAAUGCAAGAGUUUCCUCCCAGGACCCCGUCAGGAGCAGGUGACAUCCUUCCCCUUCCACCCUGCUCCCUGCUCUACAUCCCCAGCAGGGAGUGGCCUCUCCCUUCUCCAUGGACUUCCAAGAGAGGGACCCGCCCUUCCUGCCUGAGAGCGCUCAGUCCUCAAAGCCCAGCAGUGCUCAGCAGGCCUCUGAGCUGUGGGAGGUGGUGGAGGAGCCUCGGGGCAGGCUGGGGACAGAGGGUGUCAUGCCUGAGAGGCAGGAAGGUCACCUGCUCAAGAAGAGGAAGUGGCCUCUGAAGGGCUGGCACAAGAGAUACUUUGUGCUCGAGGACGGGAUCCUUCAUUAUGCAACAACCCGGCAAGACAUCACCAAGGGGAAGCUCCAUGGCUCCAUCGAUGUCCGGCUGUCGGUCAUGUCCAUCAACAAAAAGGCCCAGCGCAUUGACCUUGACACUGAAGACAACAUCUACCACCUCAAGAUCAAAUCCCAGGACCUAUUCCAGAGCUGGGUGGCGCAGCUGCGUGCCCACCGCCUAGCCCACCGCCUGGACAUACCCCGUGGCUCACUGCCCAGUACUGCUCACCGGAAGGUUCCUGGUGCCCAGCUUCCAACAGAAGCUACUGCCUCAGCCCUACCUGGGCUUGGACCGCGGGAGAAAGUGUCUUCCUGGCUGAGGGACAGUGAUGGGUUGGACCGCUGCUCUCAUGAGCUCUCUGAGUGUCAGGGGAAGCUCCAGGAACUACACAGGCUCCUCCAGAGCCUGGAGUCCCUGCACCGAAUCCCCUCAGCCCCUGUUAUCCCCACACACCAGGCCUCAGUGACAACCGAAAGACCCAAGAAGGGGAAACGGACCAGCCGCAUGUGGUGCACCCAGAGCUUUGCCAAGGAUGACACCAUUGGACGGGUUGGUCGUCUCCAUGGCUCUGUUCCCAACCUGUCUCGCUACCUGGAGUCUCGGGACUCCUCGGGCACCCGUGGGCUGCCACCCACAGACUAUGCCCACCUGCAGCGCAGCUUCUGGGCCCUGGCCCAGAAGGUGCACAGCUCCCUCAGCAGCGUCCUGGCCGCCCUCACCAUGGAACGGGACCGACUGAGGGACAUGCACCAGGGCUCAGAGUUGUCAAGGAUGGGGGUCUCUGAGGCCUCCACUGGCCAGAGGCGCCUCCACUCACUGUCCACCUCCUCCGACACCACGGCGGACUCUUUCAGCUCCCUCAACCCUGAGGAGCAAGAAGCUCUGUACAUGAAGGGGCGCGAGCUCACCCCCCAGCUAUCGCAGACCAGCAUCCUGUCCCUUGCUGAUUCCCACACGGAGUUCUUCGAUGCCUGCGAGGUUCUCCUCUCCGCCAGCUCUUCUGAGAAUGAGGGCUCAGAGGAGGAGGAGUCCUGUACCAGUGAAAUCACCACCAGCCUGUCUGAGGAGAUGCUGGACCUCAGGGGAGCUGAGCGCUGUCAGAAAGGGGGGUGUGUUCCAGGGAGACCCAUGGGGCCACCCCGCCGUCGCUGCCUGCCGGCAGCCAGCGGGCCUGGGGCUGACGUGAGCCUGUGGAACAUUCUGCGCAACAACAUCGGCAAAGACCUGUCCAAGGUGUCAAUGCCUGUGCAGCUCAACGAGCCGCUCAACACUCUACAGCGGCUCUGCGAGGAGCUGGAAUACAGCAGCCUCCUGGACCAGGCCAGCCGCAUCGCCGACCCCUGCGAGCGCAUGGUGUACAUCGCAGCCUUUGCUGUCUCGGCCUACUCCUCCACAUACCACCGAGCCGGCUGCAAGCCCUUCAACCCUGUCCUGGGGGAGACCUACGAGUGUGAGCGGCCUGACCGAGGCUUCCGCUUCAUCAGUGAGCAGGUCUCCCACCACCCCCCUAUCUCGGCCUGCCAUGCAGAGUCUGAGAACUUCGCCUUCUGGCAAGAUAUGAAGUGGAAGAACAAGUUCUGGGGCAAAUCCCUGGAGAUUGUGCCUGUGGGAACAGUCAACGUCAGCUUGCCCAGGUUUGGGGACCACUUUGAGUGGAACAAGGUGACAUCCUGCAUUCACAAUGUCCUGAGUGGUCAGCGCUGGAUCGAGCACUAUGGGGAGGUGCUCAUCCGAAACACACAGGACAGCUCCUGCCACUGCAAGAUCACCUUCUGCAAGGCCAAGUACUGGAGUUCCAAUGUCCACGAGGUGCAGGGCGCUGUGCUCAGUCGGAGUGGCCGUGUCCUCCACCGACUCUUUGGGAAGUGGCAUGAGGGGCUGUACCGGGGACCCACGCCAGGUGGCCAGUGCAUCUGGAAACCCAACUCAAUGCCCCCCGACCAUGAGCGAAACUUCGGCUUCACCCAGUUUGCCUUGGAGCUGAAUGAGCUGACAGCAGAGCUGAAACGGUCACUGCCUUCCACCGACACGAGACUCCGGCCAGACCAGAGGUACUUGGAGGAGGGGAACAUACAGGCAGCUGAGGCCCAGAAGAGAAGGAUCGAGCAGCUGCAGCGAGACAGGCGCAAAGUCAUGGAGGAAAACAACAUCGUACACCAGGCUCGCUUCUUCAGGCGGCAGACAGAUAGCAGCGGGAAAGAGUGGUGGGUGACCAACAAUACCUACUGGAGGCUGCGGGCCGAGCCAGGCUACGGGAACAUGGAUGGGGCCGUGCUCUGGUAGCCCUGGCCCCGGGGGCAGGAGGCUCUGGUUCCUCACUCCUCCUGCCUCCACCCCCUACCACGGACACAUGGGUGAGGCCAAGCUCCCCGCCUCACUGCCCUUGAGACCAAAGGGGCAGCCCUGGCCCUCCCUCCCCUCUGCUGGCCAGAGGGUCUGCAUCUCAGCCCACCCCCAACCCCACCGUUCGGGGUGAGAAGCAGAAUCUGUGCUUCCCCAGUCUCCUUGCCCCAAACAACCAGCAUGUAAGACCCUUCCCGCUUCACCAUUCCGAUUCCUGUCCCCUUUGGGGUACUUGGGGGAGACUCUGGCUCCCAGGAUCUGUUCCCUAUUUCAGUGCCUUCCUAGGACACAGGGGACCCCUUGACGCUCCCCAGGCUUUCUGUGCCCAGGGCUCUGUCCCCAGCGGUGAGGUUGCAGUGAGUGAAGGAGAGGAGGUGAUCUGUUCUCCCUCCCCUUCUGCCCAUCUCCAGCAUCUUCUUCCCCUUCCCUGGCCCUGCAGGGCCUUCUCCAGCUCCCUUUGGUUGGUCCCUGGCCAUCCCUCCUGUCCUGGAUCCCUUCUCCCUAACUGCAAAAUGCCUGCAGCUUCCAGCUCCUUCGUCCCUGAUCCUCAAGCGGUUCCCUCCCGUCUCAGCUCAGCGGAUCCCCCAGAGUGGAGGAGGCCUCUCCAUGAGGAGGGGAGCAGCCCAAGGCACCUGGCCUCCGACCCACCGGCAGCGAGUGCACAGGUGUGAGUGUAAGUUCAUGUAGGAGAGUGUAUGCGUGUGCGCCUGUGCCCUGCUUGCAGGCAAGCAGGGCUCCCUCAUGUAGCCUGGCCUUCCCCCUGCUGGGGGUCCACCACAUCGCUGCUCUUUCUCACAGUCUGCCUCUGAUGAGGGCGAAUUGCUAUGACAUUCCAAGCUCCAAUAAAGACUGUCCCAGACUUUG